GUCUUUGUUUUCAUCUUUCCUGUUUUCCAAAGCAUAUGGAUAUGAAACUUCUUCAAGUUCAUCCCAACGAAUUGAAGUUUAUUUUUGAACUAAAGAAACAGAGCUCCUGCUCAAUUCAACUGACAAAUAAUAUAUUCGACCAUGUUGCUUUUAAGGUUAAGACAACAAACGUUAAGAAGUAUUGUGUACGACCAAAUAUGGGAAUCAUCAAGCCAUUAUCCGCUUGUGAAGUCACAUUUACAAUGCAAGGACAAGGGGUGGCUCCACCUGAUAUGAUAUGCAAAGACAAGUUCUUAAUCCUAAGCACAAUAGUUCCGGCCGAGACAACUGUUGAGGACAUAACUUCCUCUAACUUGUUUGGAGAAGAUGAAAGAAAGUACAUAGAAAAAAAGAAGUUGAUUCCAACCCUUGUUAGGGCAUCCAAUUAUUCCCCAUAUUAUGAAGCAUUGAAUAAUGAAGUGAUGGCUCUCGGAGUUUCAGAUCACCCAAGUAAUUAUGAUAAGUAUGUUGAGAAGUUGAAGUUAAACAUCACUGAACUUGAAUUAAAGCUCCAUGAGGCUCAAGAUGCCAUUUGCAAGCUAGAGGAGGAGAGAACUCGCAUCCAAAGAAAAAAAUCCUUAGAGAAGAAUUGCUUAGUUUCAUGUUCAAUUAUUUGAGAGAACCAUCUAAUGGUAGGUCAAUAUAUGAAGAUAUUGGUCUAUUGAUGUCCAUAUGGAUAAAGAGUUAUUGUUAUCUGUAUAUUUGUGCAAUUAAUUUGUAUUUAUUGCUGUGAUUAUUUUCUUUUGUAAUAGAUUAAAGAUUAUUCGUUUUAGGUUAUAUUAGGGGGGAUUUAAACUUUAUGAAUCACAAUUAUUCCAAUUUGUUGUACUAAAAAAACCUUAUGAACCACCAUCAACCCAGUUCCUAGAUGGUGUCUUUACCGAUUCAACACAAUCAAGUUUCUUUUUAAUUUAUAAUCCAUUUUAUGGUA